UCUCUCUCCAAGUCUCACAAUAUUAAGACCUUGUAACUAUAAAACUGUUGUACGUUUAUAAAUUCCUGCUUUGGAUCGCUAGAUGCAUUCACUGCCAUAUAUACAUCAACAUUUCAUCUCUCUUUCUAUUAAACGUUCCUUCCUCGUCAAACAAACGAGGAGUAAAUUCUCAAACAUCAUAGUCACCUCUCAAAACAAACAUGGAGCCUCCAAAAUCAUCAGAGCCAUCUCUCUCUGAAACGUCAAGCAUCAUCUCAGUAUCAAAUGGCCCUGCUGCAAGCCUGAGAACCUCAAUGGAUAGCCAGAAAGGAGGAAAGCAACCAGAAGAGGAAGACCAUGUACACCAGGAAGAUGUGAACUAUGAUCUUGUACUGGAUCUGAGCCUCUCCAGUAAAGAUGAUUCGGAUUCGAAUCAAGAGUUGAAGCCAGAACUUGAUCUCAUCGACUGUUUCAAGAUCACUGAUUCAUCUGAUGAUCAAGAUUCUUUGGAAACUCCUCAAGGUAAUGAAACUGAGCCUAGAGUAUUUUCAUGUAACUAUUGCCGAAGAAAAUUCUAUAGCUCACAGGCUCUAGGGGGGCACCAAAAUGCACAUAAGCGAGAAAGAACACUAGCAAAACGAGGGCAGAAGAUUGGUGCAACCUCUGUUGUAGCUUUCGGUCACCCUAAUACACAUCCUAGUCGAUAUUCUAGCAUGGCUUCCCUUCCUUUGUAUGGUUCUUCCAAUAAAUCACUAGGAAUUCAAGUCCACUCUAUGAUCAACAAGCCAUCUUUUCUUCCACCACCACAUAUUUAUGGGCAUAAUGGAUGGUCCAGACGGCCUAUCGAUCAAAAACCGGCAACCGGACAUCUUUCAAUGGAGAAUUUUCAUGUGGGGAUUAAUGGUGGAUCAUCAGCAAGUAAUGGUGCCGCUAGAUUCGAAAGUAUUGUACGAAAGUUUGGUCCAUCCACUGAGGGGAUGCGUGGAUAUUGGUGGGAUAGUGUUAACCAUUUCAACACUAAGCAGGAUGAGUUGAAGCUUGACUUGUCUUUGAAGCUCUAAGUAAUCUACUUUUCUUCUUGAAUGACAUAAUAUUUCUGCUUAAUUUUUUCUUGUUUUGCUACAGUUUUUCUUUUUCCUUUGAGUUUUGGUUGGAUCUUUUGUAAGUGCAUUUUGAUGACUGAAGACUUCAAGAGAUUUGCUAUUUGGAAUUGUAAAGUUGGAAUAACUUUCCCAAUUCUACAACUUAGUGUGAACUUCAAAGUAGCCUUUACUGCUGCUGGCCAAAUCCAUUUCACUAAGUUUUCUUUUUC